AUGCUGGGAGUCAUCACUGCAAAUAAUCCAUUCAAAGUACUGAUAUAUGUGGUAGUUUUGUGUGUGGUUCCCUGCAGAUGUGGAGCUCCAUCUGAGAAUCCUGCUUGCCAUCUGAAUAUCAUUGAAACCUAUGAGGACUAUGAGUAUAUAAAGGAAGGAGAUAUCAUGAUUGGAGGGAUUUUAUCCAUGAACGCACUCAUGAUUGACUACUUGGUUCCUGUGUGUUUCUAUGAUGGUAUGCUGUGUGUUGGCGCUCUUGCAAAGAAUUACAGACAACUUGUGGAUUUUUAUUUUGCUAUUGAGCAAAUCAAUAAUAAUUUAGCCCAGUUACCCAACUUGACUCUGGGAUACCAUAUAUAUGAUUCAUGUGGAGACCCGAGGAAGGCUGUGAGGAGUGUGUUCCAAAUAUUAUCUGGUACCAGAGAGCCGGUUCCCAAUUACUCCUGUGUGGGAAAGAGAAACAUUGCUGGAUUUAUUGGGGAUCUUUCAUCAGAAACAACUGUGCCCAUAGCUCAAAUUCUAACAAUUUUGGGAUAUUCCCAGAUCAGUUAUGGAGCUACAGACCCAUCAUUAAGUGAGAGAAUCACCUUCCCAUAUUUUUUCCGGACAGUACAGAAUGAUGAAAGCAGUUAUUUUGCUUUAGGAAAGUUGUUGAGACAGUUUGACUGGACCUGGGUUGGAAUAAUUACAUCUGAUGAUAUCAGUGGAGAUGAAGAACAUCAGCACCUGAGCAAAUAUCUCUACAGUGAAGGCAUCUGCAUAGAGUUCACCGUAAAAAUUAAUGAUCUCACUUCUGUGUAUACAGACCAUGAUUCUGCCAUUAUUUACCUCUCAUCUACCAGCAUUAUUUUACUUUGUGGAACAGUUUCUUUAUUUUUUCUUCUACAAUUGUCUCAUGUGACAUCUGUACUUCUGAAAAAGACAUUGAUACUAUCCACCAACUUGGGAGCCAAUGAUAUUGUCAUUGGUUAUGACCAAGACAUAUUUAAUUGCAGUUUGGUGUUUGUGCCGGGUUAUCAUUAUCAUCUAGACACUCCAGAAAUGAGGAGCUUUUUAGCGAAUUUACAUCCUUUAACAUUCCCAAAGGACAAGUUACUUGAAGAUAUUUGGAUGAUUUUUCAUUUGUGUUUGUCAGAAGAUCCAAACAAGAAUCAUUUAUAUGAAUAUAUCUACCUUCAGAGGCUCCAGAACUGUACUGGGCAGAAACAUAUAACAGAUCUUCCAUAUUUUACAUCUGAUUACAGCUCUCCCCAAGUGCAUCUUGCUGUAGAUAUAAUGUCUAAGACACUUCAUGAUAUGAAUAUGCAGCUUAGUGAGAAAUCUGUGAAAAACAGAGAAAAGCAUCAUUAUGUGCACCAGUUACACCAAUACUUAAAAACACUUACGUAUAACUCCUCUGAUGGGCCGACUUUCUAUUUCAAUGAAAAUGGGGAAUAUAUCACUAGACACUUGAUAUAUAACUACAAAUUUGCUAAUGGAUUGGUGAUUAAGAACCUCAUUGGGGAGUCCUCACCUACAUGGAAGAACAAUACUAUCCCAAGAGCUCGAUGUUCAGACAGUUGUCUCCCCGGCUUCAGGAAGGCACCAAGUUCCAGUGCCCAAUCCUGCUGUUAUGAUUGUGUCUUGUGUUCUGAGGGAGAGAUCUCCAAUAUAACUGAUAGCACAAGCUGCUUCAAAUGCCCAGACAUGGAGUGGCCCAAUGAGGGGAAGAAUCAUUGUAUUGCGCGCAAGGAAGAUUUUCUUUCAUACACAAAUGAUCACAUUUCUGUGUUUAUAUUAUCUAGUUCUAUUCUUCUUUUCAUUAUAAAUCUACUAAUAUUAAGAGUUUUCAUUUCAUACUGGGACACCCCCAUUGUGAGAGCCAACAACAGGAGCCUGAGCUUCCUCCUCCUUGUCUCCAUCAAGCUGAGCUUCCUCAGUGUGUUUCUGUUCCUCGGUCGCCCUGUGGAUAUAACCUGCAUGCUGCGUAACAUCACUUUUGGAAUCACCUUCUCCAUAGCUGUCUCAUCUGUCCUGGCCAAGACUAUCAUGGUUUACAUUGCUUUCAAAGCCACCAAGCCAGGGAGCUCAUGGAGAAAAUGGGUGGGAGUCAAACUGUCCAAUUCUCUAGUCUUCUUCUGCUUAUCCAUUCAAAUAAUAAUCUGCAUGACUUGGUUGUCCAUUUAUCCUCCCUUUCAGGAACUGGACCUUCACACUUACCCUGGAACCAUCAUCAUUCAGUGCAAUGAGGGCUCAGCUAUUGGCUUUUACUCAGUUAUUGGGUAUAUGGGGCUUCUGGCAGCUGUUAGUUUUGUUUUAGCAUUUUUAGCUCGGACAUUACCGGACAGUUUUAAUGAGGCCAAGUACAUCACUUUCAGCAUGUUGCUCUUCUGCAGUGUUUGGAUCACAAUGAUCCCGGCCUAUCUGAGCACCAAAGGCAAAAACACUGUGUGUGUGGAGAUAUUUGCCAUACUCACCUCAAGUGCUGGACUUUUAUUCUGUACAUUUCUGCCAAAAUGCUUCAUAAUUUUAUUUAGACCUGAGAUGAACACAAAAUCCCAUUUACUUGGAAAGAAAACCUUACAACCUACAUAA